AUGUCUGAGCAGCCCAGACUCGCUACCGUGGAUGACUCCAUCCUCGACCGCCUCCCCGCCCACUCCCAGGCACUCUUCCAGGCCAAGGACGCCAAGGACCUGACCUUCGAGGCCAUCGCCAAGGAGCUGGGCCGCUCCGAGGUCGCCGUCGCCGCGCUGUUCUACGGCCAGGCGCAGGCCACCCCGGACGACGCCGCCAAGCUCGCCUCCCUGCUGGGCAUCUCGGACGACGUCGUCGUCAAGAAGCUCUGCGGCUACCCGGACCGCGGCCGCGCGGGGCCCAUGCCCCCCGUCGAGCCGCUCAUCUACCGCCUGUACGAGAUCGUCCAGAACUACGGCUACGCCUACAAGGCCGUCAUGAACGAGAAGUUUGGCGACGGCAUCAUGAGCGCCAUCGCCUUUAGCACCAAGGUCGACAAGGAGGUCGACGAGCAGGGCGUCGCGUGGGUCAACAUCUCGAUGCGGGGGAAGUGGCUGCCCUUCACUCGCUUCUGA